AUGUUGCCUCCCGCGGACGGGCAGUUGGAGUUGGAUUCUCGCUGCUGGUCGCUCGCAAGCGCGAGCGAGUGCGCGUGGCCAUGCCUUGGCCACCAUGUCAUUACGAGGGCUCGCAAGGGCUCGAGAGGGAGGGAUGAUCGAGACCGGUCAGACAGACACGUAUCAAUGUACCGUUCCAUGGUUUGCUUCCUCUGCAUCGUGAAGGCGACGGAUGGGGAAUGCGACCUAAGUCUCGCUCUCUCCGAGAUUUUGUUUCGCUAUUCAUCUCCAGAUGCAGUUGCAGCGCCUAGAGAAGGAAAUGAGAAAGGCACUAGAAGAGGUAUCUGCAAUUCACCGUUCAUCUGUUUCGAUAACAGACUCGCCCAUCGUUACCAAACUUCCAACCCUGAAUUCAUCAAAUCGAACCCUCGGAACUAUGCUGCGGCGCAAUUGCAUGGGCACAGGCUGGUUAUUAUUGACACUGACCAACAAUAA